CACAGAUACCCCUCACCGACGGUUAGAAGGGAAGUGUUUCUAUUUUCCAACCAUUGACGAGGAAGCAAAGUACGCGCGAACCGACCACAUACUAAGCAGCACGUUGUUUCACUUUCACCCAUGAUGCCCGUACGAUGACGUGUCCGACAGUCCCCAAUGGAGAUCCUUCAUCAACAAGCACAAACUGACGAAUCCCCCAAAACACCCUGAGAUUCUUGUCCCUCAAAAUACGUUGCUUUAGAGUCCAAAAGAAAAGAGUUGACCCCACUUGACAUUCUGGUAAUUCCAUGUAAAUCCUUUGUCCAAAAUCGAAACUUUGCUCUUUUUGAAGCGAAACACUCAGCUAGGUGUUUGCAAGUUCCAUCCUUUUUCUUCCACAAUUCAGAUCUAAGACCAUACCCCCCCAAAAUUUGGGUCUGAGGAGGAACAUUGUUAACUAGGAGCUUCAAACAGGGUCAACGGUGAAGUCUUUUUUCCCUUUUCACUUUUCAUCAUCUCAGAGGAGAGAGACACCGGGAUUUUUUGUAAUAUAUUUGUAUCUUUUGUUUUUUUGUGAGUUUGGUUUUUGGACAUUGCAUAAGAGUAUAUAUAUAUAUAAUUAAGGGGAAUAAUGGGGUUGGUUGGUGUCCAAGAGAAUGGGGAUGGGAAUGGAGAUGUUCUAUCUGAGAUUUCAUUGGGGACCAAGCCCAAGUACACAAGGAUGGACUCUGAUCUUGAUGAGGCCGAAGAAGAAGACUUGCCAUCAUCUAACAAGCAUGAUUCCAAGAAAUAUAUAAUGGCUUGUGCCGUCUUUGCCUCUUUGAAUUCAGUGCUUCUCGGCUAUGAUGUUGGUGUUAUGAGUGGAGCGAUUAUAUUCAUUCAACAGGAUCUGAAGAUCACUGAGGUUCAACAAGAAGUUCUUGUUGGAAUUUUGAGCAUAAUAUCGCUGUUGGGUAGUUUAGCAGGUGGAAAGACAUCUGAUGUCAUUGGUAGAAAAUGGACAAUUGGUUUGGCUGCUGUCAUCUUCCAAACCGGUGGAGCCAUUAUGGCUCUUGCGCCUUCUUUUAAAGUACUGAUGAUAGGAAGACUCUUGGCCGGGGUGGGUAUAGGUUUCGGCGUCAUGAUUGCGCCUGUGUAUAUUGCUGAAAUAUCUCCUGCCGUUGCUAGGGGAUCUCUUACAUCCUUCCCUGAGAUAUGCAUAAAUUUGGGAAUCCUUCUUGGCUACAUAUCAAAUUAUGAAUUUUCGGAGCUUCCAUCGCAUAUAAAUUGGAGGCUAAUGCUUGGUGUGGGACUUCUUCCUUCGGUGGUUAUUGCUCUUGCUUUGUUUAUCAUUCCUGAAUCUCCGAGAUGGCUUGUGAUGCAGAAUAGAGUUGAAGCAGCGAGGCUGGUGCUGAGGAAGAUAAGCGAGAGCGAAAAGGAGGCUGAGGAAAAGUUGAAAGAAAUCCAGGUAGCUGCUGGAUUAGCUAAUGCUGAGAAGUAUGAAGCUAAAGCUGUUUGGAAAGAAAUAUUAUGUCCUUCACCUCCGGUUCGAAGAAUGCUUAUAACUGGUUGUGGAAUUCAAUGUUUCCAACAGAUUACAGGCAUAGACACAACUGUGUAUUACAGCCCAAUAAUCUUCAAGAAUGCUGGUAUCACUGAGACCACUCAGCUUCUUGCAGCAACAGUCACUGUUGGCUUCACCAAAACACUCUUCAUCCUGAUAGCUAUAUUUCUGAUUGACAAAGUGGGGCGAAAGCCGUUGCUUUAUGCAAGCACAAUUGGGAUGACAGUCUGUUUAUUUAGCCUGAGCCUCUCUCUAGCUUUUCUGGAUCAUGCAAAAGUUGGGAUUGUAUUGGCAAUCCUAUCAGUUUGUGGAAAUGUAGCUUCUUUCUCAGUAGGACUUGGCCCUAUAUGCUGGGUUCUGUCAUCAGAGAUAUUCCCUUUGAGACUUAGAGCUCAAGCAUCAGCUCUUGGAGCCGUCGGAAGUAGGGUAAGUAGUGGCAUCAUAUCCAUGUCCUUCCUCUCGGUCAGUCGUGCAAUCACAGUUGCAGGAACCUUCUUUGUGUUUGGCAUCAUCUCAUGUUCUGCCGUCGCCUUUGUUCAUUACUGUGUUCCAGAGACAAAAGGGAAGACUUUGGAGGAAAUUGAGGUUCUCUUCCAUGAUAAAGAUGAUGAAUCACGGGGAAAUGAGGUUGAAAUGGGAGAUGUAGAGCGCCUGAUGCAGAAGUCAUGAGUUUGGUGGCAUGCCACAAUCUUGAAUCUUCAUACUAAACUAAAUUCCUAAGAUAUUUUCAAUAUCAUACUAGUUUGGUGGCUGGAAAAAUUAUUUAGUUAUAGCAGAAAUUUACUAACAAUGAGAAACUUCAUUCCAAUGUUCUUAGAACCACCUAGCACCAGUAUAUAUGAUAUGCUAAAGCAUUUGUUGAUAUAAAAUAUAUUUAUGUACCUUGAUUUUUUUUAUUUCUAUUUUUUACAGUCUAUUGAAAAAGGAGUUCAGAUUGCAUCAUUUUAUCUCAGCCAUAGUAGGAAUUUGUAUUGUCUCUUUCCAACACGUGCUUGCAUUUGUUGCUAUUUACCUUG